CAAUGAAGCAAACUCUCAAGAUUAAAAAAAACGACUUUGUCUACAAUUGCCUCUCCUGUUGAUCGACAGGUUGUCUCAAGGCCGUUUUUGUGAUAAAUUUUGAGGGGGCUGUCUGUUCUUCCGUACUCUAGGAUAUAAUCAAAAGGUCGCCGAAAAUGCAUCAAAGAACUCGCCCAGUUUUACAUUUUCAAAAAGCGAUUUAACAAAUCUGAAAAAACACUUAAAUGGAUAUUAAACAAGAAGUUUUAUCCAAUGAAGAAUUUUCAAUUGAUGAAGACGGUGGUGUUGAAAAUGAACAUUUUGUGUUGAGUAGUGAUAGUGAAGAUGAAAAACUCAGGGACACUUAUGGGAUUCCCAAAGACUUAACCUUUGAGUUUGUUGAUAUUGAAACGGCAAAGAAAGAAUUAAGUGACCAAGGAUUCCUUUUAAAUCAUUUUAAACAAGAUGGAGAAGUUGAAACAGUUGUUUGCACUUGUGAGGAAACAUCUCAGUGCUUGUAUCAUAAACUAAAAGUUGAAACAAUUGUUGCCACUCCACUUGAAACUACUCCAAGCUUAAAUCAUUUAAAUAUUAAAGUUGAAGAGCAAGAAAUUUCCAUACCGAAGCCAAAACAAUUCAAGUGUGACAUUUGUGACAAAGUAUUGGGUUUAAGUGGAAAGCAGCGCCAUCUUCGUAUACAUAAUGUGACAACUUCAACAACAGAGAAACCCCCCACUUGUGACAUUUGUUCUCGUACCUUUUAUUCAAGAGCGAAUCUAGAGAGACAUGUAAAGAUACAUAUGGGAGAUAAAUCGUAUGUUUGUGAAUUCUGUGGUCGUAGUUAUACAAGAGAGGACAAUUUCAAAGGACACCUCCGACUACAUACAGGGGAAAAACCAUACGUGUGUGAAUAUUGCGGUAAAAGUUUCAAAAAUAAAGCAAAUUUAAAUAUCCAUCGACUCAGAAGACACAAUAACCAAUCGUAUGUUUGUGAAUUUUGCUCGAAAAGUUUCCGGGAGGAGAAAUUACUUAAUUUACAUAAACAAAAUAUUCAUUCGGAGGAAAAACCAUUUGCUUGUACACAUUGUACCGAAAGAUAUAACACCAUGUUGGCACUUACAAAUCAUUUGGAAACACACGGUAUUCAAUGUGAAAACAGCCUAAUUGACACGAUGUGUCCAAUUUGUAAUAAAGUGUUUUUCACAAAAGCUAUACUGAAAACACACUUGUUGUACCACGGAGAUAAACAGUUUUCCUGCACCUUUUGUACUAAGAAAUUUUGUACUGAAAAUCAACUCACAGUACACACAAGAAUCCAUACGGGGGAAAAACCGUACGUUUGCAAACCUUGUAACAAAUCAUUCAACACUAUGGUAUCGCUUAAAUAUCAUAUGUAUCUCCAUACUGGCGAAAAACCUCACAAAUGUACAUUUUGCGAUAAGGCUUUUGUACAGAGUCAUCAUUUAAAGCGUCAUAUGAUGCUCCAUACUGGUGAAAAACCCUAUUCGUGUCCACAUUGUGACAAAAAGUCUACAUGUAAAUUUUCCAUGGAAUGUCAUGUGAGGAUUCAUACGAAGGAAAAACCGUUCAAGUGUGAUAUUUGCUCGAAAGCGUUCCGAAAUCCCUUUUAUAUCCGGAAACAUAAACAGAAGGAACAUCAAACGGAUAUUGCGUAAAAUAAACAUUUAUUUAGU